GUGCUCAAACCGUGUCAAGCUCUAGAGCCGAGUCAAGUGCUCGAGAUGGAUCAAGCACUUCUACUACUGAAAAUUCAGUCCAUACUAUUUUACCAUGGUGCCUUAUUGAAUCCGAUCCAGCCAUUUUCACCUCCAUGAUAAACAAAUAUGGUGUAAAUGACAUUGUUGUCCAAGAAGUAUUUGAUAUUGACUCUAAUAUAUUUACCGCAAAAAGUCCAGAAGAACAACAGAAUGUUCAUGGGUUUAUUUUUGCAUGGCCCUAUCAAGAAGAACCGUUACCUAAUAACCAUUCUACGCAUGAUUCUGAUUCUGAGGAAGUCUUUUAUUCCUGCCAAGUUAUUACAAAUGCUUGUGCCACGUUGGCUCUUUUGGGCGUUUUACUCAACUGUGAUAAAGAAGUUGAUAUUGGUGAAACACUAACUAUGUUUAAAAAUUUUACCAAAGGGUUCGAUCCAGUGAAUACGGGUUUAGCCAUCGGUAGCCACCCUUUAUUGCGCGACACACACAAUAGCUUUGCAUGUGAAGAAGACAAGGAAGCCGCAAUAGCCUCUGCCAGGGGUAUUUCCAAAGAAAACGAUUAUGAAGAGAAUGGAGACUAUAUCAAUGAAGAUAUUUUUCAUUUUGUAAGCUACAUUUACAAAAACGGGUAUAUUUGGGAAUUAGACGGUCUGAAGAGAGCCCCUGUUAAACUCGUGAAAUGUACUCUAAGUAAUUGGAAUGAGACAGUCAAACCAAUCUUACAAGAGCGAAUGAGAAGUACGGGCGAAAGCCAAAUUUCAUAUAACCUGAUGGCAGUUAUAUCCGAUCCACUCAAGGCCUUGAGAGAAUCAAUUACAGACUUAAAUGACUUGGUUGAAGCAUAUGAUCACGAAAUUUCCGAACAAGAAUCAAGAUCCCAGGAUCUUCGUUCAAAAGUCUUGGGGAAAAGAUCAAGACUUGUUGAAGAUUACAGAAUUGAAAUAAAAAGAAAUAUGCUUGGGUUUUUAAGAAACAGGCAAGAAAAUCACAAGGAAAAGAGACGUAAUCUGGAAAAAGAUUUGGAGAUGGGAGAAGCAGAAAAAGAGAAGGAGGAGGCUAAUAACCUUCGUCUUGAUCAUGACUACGGUCCGUUCCUUAGAGCUCUUUUUCAAAAGAUGGAAGAAAAAGAGCUGCUUUAUCUCAAAGAACCUGUAAAUGUAAAAAACGUCAAUCGUCACUUGAACUACUUUAACGGAGUUGAGUUUCACGAGUUCCUUUUCGGUGAAGAGGACCAAAAGCUAAAGACUAUGAAAAAAAAGCAAAAAGUAAACAAAAAAGGACGCAAAAAACAGAAAAAGACGAGCGACAACGAUGCGAAACCUUAUUUACCAUCAGAAACUACAAUUCUGCUCAUGCGAAUAGCUCAUUAUCUUAUAUAUAACUCUCAUCAUAUCUUUGCAGAAAUGAGUUUGCCAGAACAUUGCGCAUUAAAGAUCAAUUCCCUAGUUUUCUCAUUCAGCCUGACGUCCAAUGUUGAUUCGCGCAUCCUUUUAACAGCCACUCAUGAUAGAAAGCAAGAGUUUUUAGGCCUCGAUCUCUCCAAGCUGUUUGAACGUCGGGGUUUAUUAUAUUUUGCAGGAAAGCACUUUGGUUUAGGUUACCGUAUGGAAAUCAUUCGCAGACCUUCAAAGCACAAAGAUCCAAGAGAACACAUAUACACACUGAAUGAAUCUAAUAUUUCUGUAAUAACAUUCACAGAUCUUCAGAAUAUAAUUACUUAA